AUGCUUUGUUUUAUUUCUUUUGAGGGCUUCUCUCUCUCUCUCUCUCUCUCUUUUUGUGGGGCUAGAUGGGUGCCUCGUUUAUCUAUUAUUAUUAUAUAUUUCUUAUCCUUUUUCUUCCUUUCUUUCUUAUCCUUUUUCUAUCCCUUCUUUCUUAUCCUUUUUUUCUAUCCCUUCUUUCUUAUCCUUUUUUUCUAUCCCUUUUUUCUUAUCCUUUUUUCUAUCCCUUUUUUCUUAUCCUUUUUUCUAUCCCUUUUUUCUUAUCCUUUUUUCUAUCCCUUUUUUCUUAUCCUUUUUUCUAUCCCUUUUUUCUUAUCCUUUUUUUCUAUCCCUUCUUUCUUAUCCUUUUUUUCUAUCCCUUCUUUCUUAUCCUUUUUUUCUAUCCCUUCUUUCUUAUCCUUUUUUUCUAUCCCUUCUUUCUUAUCCUUUUUUUCUAUCCCUUCUUUCUUAUCCUUUUUUUCUAUCCCUUCUUUCUUAUCCUUUUUUUUCUAUCCUUUUUCUAAUCCUUUUCUAUCCCUUUUUCUAAUCCCUUCUUUUUUCUAUCCCUUUUUUCUAAUCCUUUUUUCUAUCCCUUUUUUCUAA